AUGGCCGGUCUCGUCCUCUAUGAUGGAGCUAAUGCGAAGAAGUCGCGCCCGGACGCGCCUGGCGUUGGGUUCGAAUACCUCGCCUCAGAUUUGUGA